UCCCAGCUUCCUCACGACCGCCGAGGAGGCGCCAGAACCCAACGUCUUCACCCUCAUCGAACCCGAAGCAGACGCAGAGAUCCGGCCUGAGGUUGCAGUUUUGUCUACCAGAGCCCUGGAUGCUCCUCUGGGCUCUCAGCGCUUCGAAAGAUUCUCCAACUGGAAGAACCUCUGCAAAGCUAAAGCCAGGCUUAUCCAUGUUGCCGCAUCCUUCAGAGGCAGUCCACCCAACUCAUCGCAUAACAGGUGGGGCUCUUUCAAGGACGCACUCACCACAAGCAAGCUGUCCCACGCAGAGAGUCAUCAUUCGUGCUGUCCAGCACGAUGCCUACCACACUGAACUCGAAUGCCUCAGAGAGGGCAAAGCGCUUCCGAAGCAGAGUCCCCUCAAGAAACUCAAUCUAGUGGCCGAAGAAAGUGACCUGCUCUGGGUCGGAGGUCGCAUCUCCUCCGCCCCGAACCUGCCAACGGAAGUGAAGCAUCCUCUGAUUAUCCCACACACUCACCACAUCGCCACACUGCUGGUGAGGUACUACCACGAACAAGUAGUGCACCAGGGGCAUCACAUAACGGAGGGUGCCGUGAGAGCAGCUGGAUACUGGAUCGUCGGGGGUAAGCGCCUGGUGUCUUCUGUCAUCUACAAGUGCGUGAUCUGCCGCAAGCUACGCGGGCGCCUGCAAGAACAGAAGAUGGCCGACCUGCCUCCCGGCAGGCUCACUCCAGAGCCUCCCUUCACCCACGUAGGCCUUGAUGUCUUCAGGCCAUGGGCCAUUAUGACUCGGAGGACAAGAGGAGGAAGCGCUGACAGUAAGCGCUGGGCAGUGAUAUUCACAUGCCUGUCCACCAGGGCUGUCCACUUCGAGCUCAUAGAGUCCAUGACCACCGACAGCUUCAUCAAUGCCCUGAGAAGAUUCUUUGCCAUUCGGGGCCCGGCCAAGCUUCUCCGCUCCAACAGAGGGACUAACUUCGUCCUUGCCUGUAAAGAGCUGGGCAUCGACACGGAAGACUCACCAGUUAAAACUUACCUCCAUAGCAGGGGGUGCUCCUGGGUCUUCAACCCGCCCCAUUCUUCACAUAUGGGGGGGGGCUUGGAAAGACUCAUCGGCGUCGCCAAUUGCAUCCUGGAUGCCAUGCUGCUCCAGACCGGACACACACUCCUGAUACACGAGGUGUUGAGCACCCUUAUGGCCGAAGUCAUGGCCAUAAUGAAUGCGAGACCCCUGGUGCCUGUGUCCUCCGACCCCGACGAGCCCACCGUCCUUACCCCGGCAAUGCUCCUGACCCAGAAGAUGAGCACCGUCUCCGCGCCCUCUGGAAACUUCCAGAUGGCUGAGUCGCAUGGGAAGCAGUGGAAACACGUCCAGUGCCUCACAAACACCUUCUGGAAGAGAUGGAGGAGAGACUACUUAUCUACGCUGCAGGGCCGCCGAAAGUGGACCGACGAAAGGCCAAGCGUCAAGACCGGCGACAUCGUCUUGCUCAAGGACAGUCAAGCCCACAGGAACGAAUGGCCUGUGGGAGUGAUCGUCGACACGCUGCUGAGCCGGGACAAGAGGAUCCGGAAGGUGGAAGUAAAGAUCGUGAGAGACGGAACUGUUAAAGUCCUUCUGAGACCCAUCUCAGAGAUCGUCGUUCUGCUUUCUGAUGAAAGCUAGAAGACCAUAUCCUUUUGAAUCCUAAGUUUUUUGUUUAAGUAAAAGUUUAUAGUGGCAUAUUCGUUAUACGCCAAGCGGGGAGUGUUCUGCCUUCCAUUUAAUUCCAUGCCAGAGUUUAGUUUCUCCCACGUAAAUCCUAUGCUGAAUACCGCCACCUAGUGGACUUUCUCGCGGUACUGCGCCUUCUACGCAAUUCUACUUCCUGGUUAGUUCCAGUCAGUGGGUCUUUCUCAAAGCCUAGCCAGUAUCCUUCCAAGUGCAUCAGCCUAAUAAGUCACGCCCAGUGAUUGGAUACCCUUUAUUAGUCACACCCAGUGAUUGGAUAUUCUGUAGAGUUCACCAAAAAGUAUCCUCUGCAUGUACUCAGAGUGAAAGCUCAUAAAACAGUUCUGUAUGUAACGGAGGCUAACUAGCACAGAGUUGGCGUGGAACGUUGGUAAACCUCCCUCCGAUAACCUCAUACAGUCUCGUGCCGUUGGGCCGAGAGACUAGUCUCUUGGCCCAGCGGUAUCGUACUGUGUCUCCCAUUGCCGAACCGUUGUAGUUGACGAGGAUGCAGGUUCGAUCCCCGAGGGGGGUGAACCGGUGCAAGAUGACCUCCGUCACAGUGGUGCCGUGACCCGGAUGGGAGUGAGGUUUAAGGGGGAGAGUGUAACGGAGGCUAACUAGCACAGAGUUGGCGUGGAACGUUGGUAAACCUCCCUCCGAUAGCCUCAUACAGUCUCGUGCCGUUGGGCCAAGAGACUAGUCUCUUGGCCCAGCGGUAUCGUACUGUGUCUCCCAUUGCCGAACCGUUGUAGUUGACGAGGAUGCAGGUUCGAUCCCCGAGGGGGGUGAACCGGUGCAAGAUGACCUCCGUCACAUGUACACCUAUUAUAUAUUUUUUAAUGUUCUUUACAGACUGCCAUGUACAAUAAUUAUACAUAUUAUCAGUUAUCAAUCAUUCAGUCAAUAAAUAAAUCAAUUAAUCAAUCAAUUAGAAUUGGGUAUUUGUAUCAAUUAGUGGUGGGCCGUUAUCGACGUUAACGUGCUGCGAUAAUGUGAGACUCAUCGCGCGACAAAGAAAAUAUCGCACGUUAAUCUAUUCACCAUAGCGUUCGAUUGACAGACGCUUUCAGACUGCCCCCCAGUCGCUUCGCCUCUCCACCUGUUGCCCAGCAGACCUACUAAAUAUGAACAGUGUUUGCAUGCUGUGAACAUUAAUCUCUCUGCCGUGGUAGGUGUUGUUCUAGUGGUUUUUCAUAAGUGGUAGACUAGAGAGACGUUCUUGUUUGAGGUGAAGCAGACAUUAUUUUGUCGGCUACCAGCCCGACA